AUGCAGAUAUCUCUGUCUGUUCUCCCUGAAGGCAUUCCCCUUGAGCUGUCUAUCUCAGCAACCCCUCCUGCUGCUGCUGCAGCAGCUGCAGCACCUGCUGCAGCACCUGCAGCAGCAGGAGCAGGAGCGGGACAGCUGCAGCUGCAACAGCAGCAACACAUGCAACGCAAAGACAACAACAACCAGCUUGCUGCUGCUGCUGCUGCUGCUGUCUUCCUGCCGCCUCUAUGCACCCCGCAGAUUGUCGGUCCCCCCGAUCAGCAGCAGCAGCAGCAGCAGCAGCAGCAGCAGCAGCAGCAGUUGAGAGAGAAAGAAAUUAAGCUGGAGGAGGUUUGCUUCAAUGAUGGGGUGGGGGCUCGCCUUGGGCACCGCCUGGUGAAUGUUACCUUCGGCAGCAGCAGCAGCAGCAGCAGCAGCAGCAGCAACAGCAGCAAAGAGCAGCAGCAAGACAGAGAUGAUGAGGAAUUCAAACGGCUAGAAAGCGACUGCAGCAGCAGCAGAACACCAGCAACAGCAGCAGCAGCAACUGCAGCAGCAGCAGGAGAGGAGCAGCAAGCGUUACAGCACCAAGACAGCGACACGCAGCAGCUGCUGCAGCAGCAACUACAGCAGCAGCAGCAGCAAGCAACAGGAGGCCUCGAAUCAGCUGCAGCGCAACUGUCACCUCAAACGGCAAGAGAAGCAGCAGCAACAGCAGCAGCAGCAGCAGCAGCAGCAGCAGCAGAUACAGCAGCAUCCCCAGGUUUGCGUGGACCAUCGCUGGCCCCGCAUAAUAUGAACGCCGCAUUGCCUGCAGCAGCAGCAGCAGCAGCAGCAGCAGCAGCAGCAGCAGGAGCAGCAGCAGGAGCAGCAGCAGCAGGAGAGGGGGAGGGAGUGGUUGCUGCUGCUGUGCCUGCAGGCUGCUGCAUCUGGUUAGGGAAGGUGCAGCAGGAUGUCGGGCUGCUGCAGCCCCGCAGCAGCAAAACGGCUGUCUUUACGGCUUUGUUUCCGUCGCCAGGAAUAUAUAAUAUAAACCAAAUUAAAAUAGAGAUACAAAUUGUGCCGAGAGAAACUGCUGCUGCUGCUGCUGCUGCUGCUGCUAGCAGCAGCAGCAGCAAUGGGGGCAGCGAAAGCGCAUUGCUGGUUGGUGAGACAGCAGCAACACCAGCAGCAGCAGCAGCAGCAGCAGCAGCAGCAGCAGCAGCAAAGGGAUGGGGUUUUGUUGGUGGUAAUGAGAAGAUUGUUGUUUCGUUUCCUUUUAGUUUUCUCGUGAAUGUGUUGCGUACUGAUGCAAGGAGCUGA